AUGCCAUUUAGCGAAAGCGAUGAUGACAAUAAUUUAAAAGAAUCUUCGACAGAUUCUGAUUCAUCGACAAAAAAUUAUUUUUCAAAAUCAAAAAGGAAAGCUUUACCAAAACGUCCCAAAUAUAUAACUGAAAAGAAUAAAAAACAUAAUAUUUGGGGCAGCGAUUUGCAAGCAGAUAUUUUAACAAAUUCUUUAAUUAAUUGUAACGUAGAUCAAUCUAAUAAAAGAGUUCGUAGUGUUGAAUCAUAUGACUAUCAAUUAGCUAAAUUAAAUAAGUAUAAUUCUAAUGACUUUAGAAAUAAAGGGAAACACUCUGCUAAAAGGAAACAUAAUGGAGCUUUUAAAGAUAAAAAGCUUCAAUCUGUAGAAACAAAUAAAAGCUGCCAUAACAAUUUAGGCAAUGAGGACCAGGGUAGAAAUAUUAAUAGUCUCGAAACUUCGGUUCAUAAUUCGGAAGAUGAUAUUGCUGCUGACAUUGCUAGCAAACUUAAAGAAAUAAAAGAAGAUUUAAUUUGUAAGGCCAUACAAGUUUUGGGAAAGGAAGCUGUAAUUUCUCUGUUUGAAGAAACUAGAAAAAUUGAAGCAUCAGGUGGAAUGCUUAUUAUGAAUGGGACCAGAAGGAGAACUCCUGGAGGUGUUUUUUUUUACCUUGUUAAAAGUUCAGAUCAGUUGCCUAGGGAUAAGAUAAAUGAAAUUUUUAUUGAAGAUAAAAAAUCAAUAUCUAAAUUAAAAAAACGAACUGCAAAUGAAUUGAAAAAAGCUAGGGCGGCUAAAUUUAAGGAAGCAUUAAAUAAAGAUGAUUUUCCCACUUUAUUAUCUCGUACUGAACUUGUGAUAAAAGAAUUUAAAGCUAAAAGAUUAGCCGAAGAAUCAUCGGAAGUUGUCAAUCCUCCACCAUCUCCAGCAACUGAUGGAAGAGAUUUCAGUAGUGACGGUGAAGAACACAAAGUUGGUAAUAACGUACGCAUGGAGAACAAAUUGACUGCUUAUGAUGAUAAUUUAUUCGAUUGCGAAGAGAAUAAUAUGAAUUAG